AUGCAGGUCAUCACGCCCAUCCACCACCCGUUGAUCGCCCCCGACGGCCGGCUUGCCCUCCACCACUUCCUAUCGGGAGAGGCCAGCAGUGAUUGGGAGCCACGAAUCUUGAUGGUGGAUCUGCUGCAGAUGUUUCGCCAGCAGCUGCUGGUCACCGACUACGACCACGUGCGCGAGACCUGCGACCUCGUGGAGCCGUUGGCCGAGGCCGUGGACCGCUGGACGGCCGAUGGCGCGGGUCAGGCGCGCAAGGCUGCCGCCAUGACGGCCCUCUUCGCCAUGACCGACACCGAGCGCGCCAAGCGCUGGCCCAAUUGGGCCGACGCAUUCGCUUCGUUGCAUCCGCAGUAUGGGCGCGAGGUGCGCACGCUUGUGGUACUGGCGUCGCGCAACUCGCACGAGCUGCAGUGCUCAACUUGCACGGCCACGACAACGCUCAGCGAUCUGCCGCUCGAGCUGGUGGCCAUGAUCGCGGAUCGCCUGCUCCUCCUGCACAUGGCCGACCUUGCCAGGUCCCUUGCGCUGCCCAGCUUCUUUGGUUUGCCGCCGGACUGGCGCACCCGCGUCAUCACCACACCACCAUAG